AUGAAAACUUCUUUAUUAAUCAAUCUCAUUGUGAGUGUAAUUUUUGUUAAUUCAGAUAAAGGUAAACCAUUGUCGUUUCAACAAUUCCCAUAUGGUAUAUACCGAUUAAAAUUCCUAGGAAUACUUCGUUGUAAAUAUGUUAAGUCAAAUGAUAAAAUUAAAUAUGAUGUUCAUGUAAGCAAAAAGUCUGCCAAUACCACAGAAAUCGUAGGAACCGUAACGAAUUCAAUACCAUUUAAUGACUCCCUCAAUUUGGAAUUAAAUAUGGCGGUAAAAGAUUCUAUUGGUGGUUGGAAGGAAAAUGCUUUUUUGUAUAAGUCCCCCAAAGCUUGUUCAACACUCAUGAAAUUUUUAGGACCGGCUUGGACUGUACUGGUGGAUUCUGCAGGACACCGAAAUGGGACAUGUCCUUUUCCCAAGGGUUUUUAUAAAUUAGCCAACAUAGAUACUGAUACUUUUAUGAAUACCAAUUUUAGUUUAGUUGAGUACCAAAACAAUUAA